AUGUCUUGCUUCAAUUAUACUCCAUUCUAUGCUUUAUCUACACUUCUCAGUUUUGGUCUAGCUGUCAUAAUUCUCUGUUACGAUGCUUAUGUUCUGUUCUACUUGAAACUGAAAUACGUGUGGCCUCCAUUCCUACUCAAUGAUGUUCAGGUAGUUUUACCACCAGGAUCUCCAUUUACUAACGAAGAAGUGCUUGUAUAUUUCGCAAAAGUUUUCUUUACAAGUCUCCAGAGCCUGCUCCUCGUGUCCACCGUCGAUUUUCAGUAA